AUGCCGCCUACUGAUACUGUGCCAAAGUGGGCCAAGGGUGAACAUUACGGUCCUGUGCUGUCCCAGACGGACCUUUACCUGCUCAAUAUCCCACUCGAGCUUCACCCCAUCUUGCAAAAUACGGAUCCCAGCUUCCAUCUGUCUUUCAAUUUGACGAAUGGUGAGGCGGCUGGCUUCGACCCUAGCAAUCGAGAUCGAUCUCUACCCUUUACGCCGCGCGACCAGCCUGCUACUCUUCCCCGGGUUACCCAGCUUAUUAUCAUCACGACUUGGAGCCCGUGGUGUACGAUUGUGACGAAUGAUAAUGGGGUGACGUUGGGUGAUGUUUGUGUUAAGCUGUGGACUGAAUACUCCCAGAACACGGUGACGGAUGCCGAAUUCAACUCCCUCCCACCCCGACUGCAAGAAUCCGUUCGACGGUAUGCAGCGGCUAAUAUUGCUACAGCUGCGCAGAGCAACCAGCCUUGGGGAGGCUACUACCCGCCUCAAGCGCCCCCAUCUCAAUUCAAGCGAUACGAUUGGCUGAGGGAUCGUAUCCUGUUUGAGUGUCUGACGAAGGAGGGGAUGGAUGGAUAUAUCAGGAACAGGUUGGGCUUUACGGCGCCCAAUAUUUUCGUCAUGGAGUUGUCUGCUUGA